AAUUGAAAUCACGUGUCAGGUGUACAAAGUGUCACAUUAUUUAAAAAUGGCGCUCUCCGGGUUUCAGAUUGUUUUGAUGGUUGGAAUGCUUGUUACUGGAAGCAUAAAUACUAUUAGUAAAAAGGCACAAAAUGAUUGCAAAGUAGAAGGAUAUCCUGACAGAAGUGCUAACAAUACCAGAACAGUCCAUGAAUUUGAUCAUCCAUGGUUCCAAACACUGAUUAUGUUCUUUGGAGAAAUGAUAUGUUUGGGUGGUUUUUGUAUAGUAAGGAAGAAAGAAAGAGAUAAAAGGAGAAAAGAGUAUGCUGAACAAAACAAAGAUAUGACAGAUAUUCCUCCUCAACCAAGAAUAGUACAGUUGAUUGUAGCAGUACCUACCAUUUGUGACUUAGUUGGUACAUCAGUGGCUGGAAUAGGACUUAUAUAUGUUGAUGCUUCAGUGUGGCAGAUGUUACGAGGUUCGAUCAUCAUAUUUGCAGGAAUAUUAUCAAAAAUAUUUUUGAAAAGAAAGUUACGAGUAGUACACUGGUGUGGUAUGUUAGUAACAAUGAUUGGAUUGGUACUUGUAGGAUGUUCCAGUGUAUUCAAAUCUCAACAUACUGCUGGAGGGUCUAAAACUAUUCUAGGUAUUAUAUUAAUUCUUGCUAGUCAAGUAGUCAGUGCUAGUCAGAUGGUUAUAGAAGAAAUGUUUUUGAAAAAGAGAAGUCUCCAUCCAUUACAGGUAGUUGGAACAGAAGGAAGUUUUGGUGCUCUACUUAUGAUAGCGGUAGUUUUACCAGUGAUGUAUUUUAUACCAGGAUCAGAUGUCAAUAACAGUUACGAGAACAGUUUAGAUGCUAUAUACCAGAUAUUCAGUGAACCAAGACUUUUAGUGUUCUGUCUACUUUAUUUAUUAUCCAUAGCAUUCUAUAACUACUUUGGAUUGGCUGUAACUAAAUCUUUAACAGCUGUACACAGAACAUUAAUUGAUGCCUGUAGAACUAUAUUGGUUUGGGUUGUAGAUCUACUUAUCUUUUAUGCUUUUGACAAGGAUUUUGGAGAACCUUUUGACAAGACAUAUGGACUACUUCAAGUUGAUGGAUUUCUCUUCCUGCUGAUUGGCACUGCUCUAUAUAAUGAACUUGUGGUGGUUCCCUGUAUACCUUGUUUGAGGAAACCAGUACCAGUACAGGAAGUAAAUGUGGAAGCUCCUAACCGUGGCAACAUACAAUAUGCUAGUGACUCAGAUGAUGAUAUAACAAGACCAUUAUUAAGGGAUAAAAAAUAAAAGUUGAUGUGUUCAACAAACAAAAUAUUAUAAACGAUAAGUUUCUGAUAUAAACGUUGUUACAUUGUCAACUUUGUAUAAAUAUUUUUUUAAUGAUUUUUUUAACAAAAGAAAAUGGAAAGAGGGAUCCAACAUGAUGUAUAGAGAGGAUCAUAUAGCAUUAGAAGAUAUACUCUUAAUGAUAUAGUCAUACUGUUAAAAGUAUUAUACACAAAAUACUCAAUAUUGAUUGUUUCCAUGCAAUAUAUUUAUGCAAUGUAAACUUUAUCUGUGUUUAACCUAUGCAUAUUUGUUGAAUUUAAUUGAUAAUGUAUGUACAUGUAUAUUCACAUCUUUUCAUGUUGGCCUUUUGAUACUUUUAAAACAAGCCAUAUUCUGAAACUUAUUUACCAUUUGGAGCUUUGCACAUGGUAUAGACCUUGAGCUAUUGUUAAAAACUGUAUGCUUGCCCUUUCAAUGUCUCCUCUGGUCUUAUCGUAUUAUAAAAGAAUCUUGAGGUUUUAUAGAAAAAGAACGAUGGAUCAAUACUCCAUAAAUAGGUCAAAUAAAUAAAUGAGUAGAGAAAAAUAUAACCAUAAAAAAAGUCUGAGAAUAAACAGGUGCUAUACAUCUAUAUUUAAUGUGUUGAUUGGGUUGCUGCCUCAUCGAAGUAUCCCUAUAUUUUCUUUUUGUUAAUAAUGAAUUGUGUAAAUAA